UAUUAGGGUUUCUGAACGGCUCCACUCUUCCACCGUCUCUUGCUCUGAGUUUUUUCCGAUCGUCGGCAAGAUGGUGAUGAAAACAACCAAGGCUGUGAAGAAAAGCCAGUACGACCAGAAACUCUGCCGUCUGUUGGACGACUACUCUCAGGUGUUGGUGGUGGUAGCGGAUAAUGUUGGGUCAACUCAGCUCCAGAACAUCAGGAAGGGUUUGAGGGGAGACUCGGUGAUUCUUAUGGGGAAGAACACUAUGAUGAAGAGGUCCAUCAAGAUUCAUGCUGAGAAAACCAACAACUCUGCUAUCACGAACCUCAUUCCUUUGCUUGUUGGAAAUGUGGGUUUGAUUUUCACCAAGGGUGACUUGAAGGAAGUCCGAGAAGAAAUCGCCAAAUAUAAGGUUGGGGCUCCAGCACGUGUGGGUCUUGUUGCUCCAAUUGAUGUGGUUGUUCCACCUGGGAACACUGGGCUUGAUCCUUCCCAAACUUCAUUCUUCCAGGUGCUUAACAUCCCUACCAAGAUUAACAAGGGAACUGUGGAAAUCAUGACUCCGGUGGAGCUCAUUAAGAAGGGUGACAAGGUGGGCUCAUCUGAGGCUGCUCUUCUGUCGAAGCUUGGCAUAAGGCCAUUCUCUUACGGUCUUGUUGUGCACACUGUAUAUGAUAAUGGGUCAGUCUUCAGUCCUGAGGUGCUUGAUCUCACAGAAGAUGAUCUUAUCCAGAAGUUUUCCGCUGGGGUUUCUGCAGUUGCUUCACUUUCUCUGGCUGUUUCCUUCCCAACCCUUGCUGCUGCUCCUCAUAUGCUCAUCAAUGGCUACAAGAAUCUCCUUGCCAUUUCUGUGGGAUCGGAGUAUACAUUUAGCCAGGCUGAGAAAGUGAAAGAGUAUUUGAAGGAUCCAAGCAAGUUUGCGGCUCUUCAAGUCCCUGUUGCAGCUGCUGACACUCCUGCUGCUACUGCUCCUGCCAAGGAAGAGAAGAAGGAAGAACCAGAGGAAGAAUCCGAUGAUGAUUUCAGUUUCAAUCUUUUCGAAUAAAUAGUAUUGCGUUAAUGCUUGAAUAGGCUCUUUGAAGUAUUUGACGCUGGAUUACUACCUUGCUAGUCGCAGUUUCUACAUCGUUUGCUCUAGUAGUACUUUAUUUGCCUGUAGCCAGUGGUUUGUUAGUUUCGGAUGUUAACCACCAUUUAUAAGUAAUAUGCUUUAUUUUUUCCUUUUGUUUUUGGCAGCUUUUCAUCCGUGUGCGACUGCUACAGCUUUGCA